AUGGAUAAAAAUCAAACAGAAGUGGUGAGAGAAUUUUUCUUGUCAGGCUUCUCACAGACAUCAUCUAUUGAAGCAGGGCUAUUUGUACUAUUUCUUUUCUUCUAUGUGUCCACUUGGGUUGGCAAUGUCCUCAUCAUGCUCACAGGAUCUGAUAAAUACCUGAAUUCAUCACCCAUGUAUUUCCUUCUUGGCAACGUCUCAUUUCUGGACCUAUGUUAUUCAACAGUAACGACCCCUAAGCUUCUGGCUGACUUCCUUAAUCAUGAAAAUCUCAUUUCCUAUGACCAAUGCAUUGUGCAACUCCUCUUCCUGCAUUUUGUAGGGGCAGCAGAGAUGUUCCUGCUCACAGUGAUGGCCUACGAUUGCUAUGUUGCAAUCUGUCGCCCCCUGCACUACACCACUGUCAUGAGUCGGGGGUUAUGCUGUGUGUUGGAUGCUGCCUCCUGGAUAGGAGGAUUUGUGCACUCCACUGUCCAGACCAUUCUCACUAUCCGUCUACCCUUUUGUGGGCCAAAUCAGGUGGACAACCUUUUUUGUGAUGUUCCCCUCAUCAAACUUGCUUGUGCUUACACUUUUGUCAUUGAAUUGCUCAUGGUAUCUAACAGUGGGUUGAUCUCCACCAUCUCCUUUGUGGUGCUGAUUUCCUCCUACACCACUAUCCUAGUCAAGAUUCACUCCAAGGAAGGAAGGCGAAAGGCACUCUCCACGUGUGCCUCUCACCUCAUGGUGGUAACACUCUUUUUUGGACCCUUUGCUUUCAUCUAUGCUCGUCCUUUCUCUACAUUUUCUGUGGACAAGAUGGUGUCUGUACUCUACAAUGUUAUUACCCCAAUGCUAAACCCCCUCAUCUACACACUUCAGAACAAAGAGGUAAAUCCAGCCAUGCAGAAGCUCUGGGUCAGAAAUGGACUUACUUGGAAAAAGCAGGAGACAUGA